GUUUGGCCGCCGCCGCCGAGAACCGUUUGAGGAGCCGCCGCCCGAGAAGCGGGGAGCCCGGGCCCCGCGGCUGCCAUGGGGAACCGGGGGAUGGAGGACCUGAUCCCGCUGGUGAACAAGCUGCAGGACGCGUUCAGCUCCAUCGGGCAGAGCUGCCACCUGGACCUGCCGCAGAUCGCCGUGGUGGGCGGCCAGAGCGCCGGCAAGAGCUCCGUGCUCGAGAACUUCGUGGGCCGAGACUUUCUUCCCCGUGGGUCUGGAAUUGUCACCCGACGUCCUCUUAUUCUUCAGCUAAUCUUCUCAAAAACAGAAUAUGCAGAGUUUUUGCACUGCAAAUCCAAAAAGUUCACGGAUUUUGACGAGGUUCGGCAGGAGAUCGAAGCAGAGACAGACCGGGCCACAGGAACCAAUAAAGGAAUCUCUCCCAUUCCCAUCAACCUGAGAGUAUAUUCACCACAUGUGCUGAAUCUGACGUUGAUCGACCUUCCGGGUAUCACCAAGGUGCCGGUAGGAGACCAGCCCCAAGAUAUUGAGUACCAGAUCAAGGACAUGAUCUUGCAGUUUAUCAGUCGAGAAAGCAGCCUGAUUCUUGCGGUGACUCCAGCCAACAUGGAUCUGGCAAACUCGGAUGCUCUUAAAAUGGCUAAAGAAGUAGAUCCUCAAGGCCUACGGACAAUUGGAGUGAUCACCAAACUAGACCUGAUGGAUGAGGGCACCGAUGCCAGAGACAUCCUGGAGAACAAACUGCUUCCUUUAAGAAGAGGCUACAUCGGCGUCGUUAACCGGAGCCAGAAGGAUAUAGAAGGCAAGAAGGACAUCAGAGCAGCGCUGGCCGCAGAGCGGAAGUUCUUCCUUUCUCACCCAGCCUACAGGCACAUGGCAGAUCGAAUGGGCACACCUCACUUACAGAAAGUCCUCAACCAGCAACUGACCAACCACAUCCGUGAUACCCUGCCCUCGCUGCGCAGCAAGCUGCAGAGCCAGCUGCUCUCCCUGGAGAAGGAAGUGGAGGAAUACAAGAACUUCCGCCCCGACGACCCCACACGGAAAACCAAAGCCUUGCUACAGAUGGUCCAGCAGUUUGGGGUGGACUUUGAGAAGCGAAUUGAAGGCUCAGGAGACCAAGUGGACACACUAGAACUCUCUGGUGGUGCCAGAAUUAAUCGCAUCUUCCACGAGAGAUUCCCCUUCGAGCUGGUGAAGAUGGAAUUUGAUGAAAAGGACUUGAGGCGAGAAAUUAGCUAUGCAAUUAAAAACAUCCACGGCAUAAGGACGGGGCUUUUCACACCAGACUUGGCAUUCGAGGCCAUUGUGAAAAAGCAGGUGGUGAAGCUGAAAGAGCCUUGUCUGAAGUGUGUCGACCUGGUUAUUCAGGAGUUAAUCAAUACAGUUAGACAGUGUACCAGUAAGCUUGGCUCCUACCCCAGAUUACGAGAGGAGACCGAGAGGAUUGUUACCACUUACAUCAGGGAACGGGAAGGAAAAACAAAGGACCAGAUUCUACUAUUGAUCGACAUUGAGCUCUCCUAUAUCAACACUAACCAUGAAGACUUCAUUGGAUUUGCCAAUGCCCAGCAGAGGAGCACCCAGCUGAACAAGAAAAGAGCCAUCCCAAAUCAGGGUGAGAUAUUGGUAAUCCGCAGGGGCUGGCUGACGAUUAACAACAUCAGCAUAAUGAAAGGAGGCUCCAAGGAGUACUGGUUCGUGCUGACUGCAGAGUCUUUGUCCUGGUACAAAGAUGAGGAGGAAAAGGAGAAGAAAUACAUGUUGCCCUUGGAUAAUCUGAAAAUCCGGGAUGUGGAGAAGGGCUUCAUGUCUAACAAACACGUCUUUGCCAUCUUCAACACGGAGCAAAGGAAUGUGUAUAAAGAUCUCCGUCAGAUUGAGCUGGCCUGUGACUCCCAGGAAGAUGUGGACAGCUGGAAAGCCUCCUUCCUCCGGGCUGGUGUUUAUCCAGAGAAAGACCAAGUGGAGAAUGAGGAUGGGGCCCAAGAGAACACCUUCUCCAUGGACCCGCAGCUGGAGCGCCAGGUGGAGACCAUCCGCAACCUUGUCGACUCCUACGUGGGAAUCAUCAACAAGUCCAUCCGGGACCUCAUGCCAAAGACCAUAAUGCACCUCAUGAUAAACAAUACCAAGGAUUUCAUCCACUCGGAGCUGCUGGCCUACCUGUACUCCUCCGCAGACCAGAACAGCCUGAUGGAGGAGUCGGCCGACCAGGCGCAGAGGAGGGACGACAUGCUGCGGAUGUACCAUGCUCUGAAGGAGGCCUUGCACAUCAUCGGGGACAUCAGCACCAGUACGGUCUCCACGCCGGUCCCGCCGCCCGUGGAUGACGCCUGGCUGCAGAGUGGGAGCAGCCCGACGCCCCAGCGCAGACCUACCUCCACCGUGCUGCCGCCAGGCAGGCCCCCAGCUGUGAGGGGCCCAACUCCAGGCCCCCCUUUGAUCCCUGCCCCUGCAGGGAGUCUCUCUUCCUUUGUGGCUCCCCCCAUCCCCUCGCGUCCUGGACCUCAGAACGUAUUUGCUGCUAAUAACGAUCCCUUCUCAGCCCCUCCUCAGAUUCCAUCACGGCCGGCACGCAUUCCGCCUGGCAUUCCCCCGGGCGUGCCCAGCAGAAGACCCCCCGCAGCGCCGAACCGGCCAACCAUUAUCCGACCGGCUGAGCCCUCCUUGCUAGACUAGCCCCCUGGGGGGCUGCUAGUGACUCCUGUGUGCCUGGUGCGGCUGCCCCACACCUGCUGUCUGGGGCGGGGAGGAAGAGGGGAAAUCCCCCCUCGUCUCCCAUGUCUAAUUUCUUGUUUAAAAAAACCUUACGACUGUGAUCAGCUCUGCAGAGUGGUUCUAGCCAAGGCCAAUUCCUGUUAGCCUGGUGGACUCUUUCUCUGGGAUGGGCGCAGCAGGCUCCUUCCUUGUAAAUACCAAUGGCAUCUGUUAAGGGCAGUCGCUGUGUUCCUUGUCCUGAUGGCCCUCCCCUCUCCCCACAGCUCUCUGCUCUUUCCCAGCUAGGAAGUGGGUAACUGGCAUUACACUCUGGGGGGUUGGUUCAGGAGAACCACCACCCCUCGGAACGAAUACCCCAGCGCAACUCAGCGCCCCCACCACCGCCACGAUGUAAUAAAAAGCAGAGGAUUCUAUUUUGGGGGUUGACUUUUGCACUUUGUUGAAUAACACACAAUGAACCCCAGCUGGGUUCUUGCCUUGGGAUCGUCUGAAUGUAGGAAGUAGAGACGGGAGUUCUGAAAGGCAGUUGAAACAGACUGUCCUAUUUCUCUCUGUGCACAGAAUCUCCUUAAACUCCUGCUAGUCAGGCUGAUCCGAUUUCUGUCUCUGGCUCUUCUUCCACCCCCCUCAGCCAGCCAGAAUUGUUUUGUAUUGUUAAUAUAUUCUAUAUAAAACACUUAAUGAUUUCCCCCCUCCCCGAGGCCCUUCCCUAAACUUGAUUGCUAAUCUGAUCAUAGGCUAUAUUUCAGUUCUAUAGCGUGGAGGAAGAUUUAUAUAUGAGAAA